GGUUGAAACUGGACCAGAUGUGGAAAAGAUGGUAAAAUGUUUUUCCUGGUUCUGUUUGUCUGAGGAUCCAUGGAGGUUCGGAGGUUCUGGUCAGUAGAACCCAUCCGGACCAAAGCUGCAGCAGCUCUGAAACAGAGUCCCGGACCGGUUCGGUCUCCUGCCUGACGCGGCUCAGAGCACCUCCUCUCUGGACUCCGGACCCGCCUCCGACCUUCUUAAAGACCCUGGAAGCAGGAGCGGGACUCAGACCGACCCGCUGCUCUCAGCCUCCAUGGACCGAACCGCGCUGUAACGAACCGAACCUGGAACUUUCUGACUCCUCCAUUCUGCGCCAUGCCGUCCGGCACCAUAGGCAGAACCGGGUUCUCAGUACGGGACCUUCUGGACCUUCCGAGCCCCACAGGAGGCUGCGGCUCCGGAACCGAGGAGGAGAGCUCCGGAGAGGUUCCGGUGAAGGACCUGGGCCCAGAAGGAGGCCUGGAACCCGGGUUCGGUUGGAGCAGGUGGAGCCGCGCAGCAGACUCCGGAACCGACCGACCCACCGAGCAGUCCGCUGCUGCGCGGCUCGGUUCGGUCCAGAAGAACCACGGGAGGAAGCGCAGGGUUCUGUUUUCCAAGGCGCAGACCUUCGAACUGGAGCGGCGCUUCCGGCAGCAGCGGUACCUCUCGGUACCGGAGAGGGAGCAGCUGGCGGGCCUGAUCCAGCUCACCCCGAACCAGGUCAAGAUCUGGUUCCAGAACCACCGCUACAAGCUGAAGCGCGCGCGCGCAGAGCGCGGCCACGAGGCGCUGCAGGGACGCCGCCCCCCCAUCCCGCUCCCGCUCCUGGUUCGGGACGGGAAGCCGUGCGAAGGGCUGGAGGUUCGGUCCGGCCUGGAGGUUCGGUCCGGCCUGGAGGUUCGGUCCGGACUGGCGCUCCAUCUGUGCGCCUUCUCCCCGCUGCUGCGCGCCGCAUGCGGCCCGGAACAGGCCGGAGCGCCGCAGCCGCUGGCCCACUUCUACCCAUGGAGCUGGUGAGGUUCGGUCCGGACUGGUACCGAACAUGACAGAACUUUCCCGUCCGGACUGCUGUUUGGAUCCAGGACUCUGUGUUUGGGUUUUUGUUCCGGUUCUGUGAGCUCUCUGGUUCCUUUAUUUAUUUAUUCUGUUUGUCAAUCUGAAUAUUUAUGAAUAAAGUUGGAGUUUAAUUCGGUUC